UAACGAGUGUGGAUCUUUGCCGAACGGACGGGUUUUCGGUUGUACGGAGUUUUCUUUCGCCGUCUUCUGAUUGUCUUGGAAAAUAUCUUCUGUGUUGUGUGUGAUUGUGUGUAUGUGUGUGUGUGCCUGCUCCCUUCAAGUUUAAAAAAAGAAGUCGAAAAGUGUUUGCUGCGGCAACACCACCAGCAACAACAAUAAUAACACAAAACAGUGCAGUGUUGAGUGUUUGUUGUUUUUGUGUAUAACAGAAAAUAAUUUUUGGAAACUGCACGAAGUAGGAGUGAAAGAAUACGGGGCAUGUUCCCAAGAGAUUAGCCCCGACAUGAGAGUUCGCCUUUGAAUUGGAGGAAAGUAAGGAAAAAUCAUCUCUAUAUCCACGUGCUAAACGCAUAUUCCACAUCUAUUCGAAGGGGAAACCAUAACGAAAAGCUGAUUAUAAAACGGAGCCGGAAGCGCUCUACUGGGACACGACCCCAACUAUAACGACAGACAGAGAAGAGAGCUAGAGAGUGAGAGAGAAAGAUAAAGCGAUGUCGCUUCGUUGCGACCUUAUCGCGGUUUUCUUUGUGCUCGCCGUGCUGUGCAGCCAAUUGGAGGCACAACGAACGCAACAAACACAGCACGGACGACGCGAUCGGCCCCGUAAUCCACCCCGUCAAUAUGUGAAGACUCAUCCAUGUGAACGCUCCUCGUGUUAUCCGGCGACAGGAAAUCUUCUAAUUGGACGCGAGAAUCGUUUGACGGCCAGUUCAACUUGUGGUCUACAAUCUCCGGAGAGAUUCUGCAUCUUAUCGCAUCUUCAGGAUAAGAAAUGUUUCCUCUGCGAUUCACGAGAUGAUACACGCAACGAUCCGUAUAAGAAUCAUCGCAUUGGACAGAUUAUCUAUAAAACGAAACCGGGUACGAAUAUUCCCACCUGGUGGCAGUCGGAGAAUGGCAAAGAGAACGCCACCAUACAGCUGGACCUGGAGGCGGAAUUCCAUUUCACCCAUUUGAUCAUUACGUUUACCACAUUCCGUCCGGCGGCGAUGUACAUUGAGCGUAGUUUUGAUUUCGGUGCAACGUGGCAUGUGUAUCGCUACUUUGCCUACGAUUGUGAGGAAUCGUUUCCGGGAGUGCCCACAGUGCUGCACAACAUUACGGAUGUGAUGUGCACCUCACGUUAUUCCUAUGUGGAACCCUCGAGAAAUGGUGAAGUCAUCUUCCGUGUGCUGCCUCCGAACAUCAAUGUUUCCGAUCCUUAUGCGGAGCAUGUCCAGAAUCAACUGAAGAUGACAAAUCUGCGUAUCCAGAUGACGAAAUUGCAUAAACUGGGUGACAAUCUGUUGGACAAUCGUCUAGAGAAUGAGGAAAAGUAUUAUUAUGGCAUCUCCAACAUGGUUGUACGUGGUUCCUGCUCCUGCUACGGCCACGCCUCCCAGUGUCUGCCCCUGGACAAUGUGAUUACCCAAGACUACGAGAUGGUACAUGGACGUUGCGAGUGCACGCACAAUACAAAGGGUAUGAAUUGCGAAACCUGCGAGGAUUUCUAUAACGAUUUGCCAUGGAAACCUGCAUUUGGCAAGCAGACAAAUGCGUGCAAGAAAUGCGAGUGCAAUGGACACGCCGUCAGUUGUCACUUUGAUGAGGCGGUCUUUGUUGCAUCCGGACAUGUAUCCGGUGGUUUCUGUGACAAUUGCCUGCAUAAUACACAGGGUCAGCAUUGUGAGGAGUGCAUGCCGUUCUUCUAUCGUGAUCCCGUCGAGCAACUGAGCAGUCCCUAUGUCUGCAAGCCCUGCGAUUGUGAUCCCAAUGGUUCCCUGGAUGAUGGCAUCUGUGAUUCGGUAAAUGAUCCGGAUAAUGGCAUCGUUGCUGGCGCUUGUCAUUGCAAGCCAUUUGUGAAGGGACGUCGCUGUGAUCAGUGCAAGGAUGGCUACUGGCAUCUCAGACCGGAUAAUCCCGAGGGCUGUGAGGCCUGCACCUGUAACACUCUCGGCACGGUUAACAAUUCCGGCUGUAAUAUGAACACGGGAGAGUGUCGUUGCAAGCGUUUGGUCACCGGCAAAGAUUGUAAUCAAUGCCAGCCGGAAACCUUUGGUCUCUCCGAAUCCGAGGAUGGUUGCACGCUCUGUAAUUGCGAUCCCGGCGGCUCCUAUGACAAUUAUUGCGAUGUCCUAACGGGUCAAUGUCGUUGCCGUUCCCACAUGACUGGACGCACUUGCUCGCAGCCGAAGCAAAACUAUUUCAUACCCUAUUUGCAUGUGGUGCACGAUGCGGAGUCUGCUGAGAUGUGCAUCUCAUAUAGUAAUAAUGGCAACUGCAGCAUUGUGCCACAGCCGACAUCCAAUUCCCAGAACCCACAGUCACCCGAUUUCACGGGCAUUGGUUUCGAGCGCGUUGGCGAAAACUCCGAGUUGGUUAUCAAAGCAGAUGAUAUACCCCGUUCCAUGCCCUACGAUGUGCUCAUACGCUAUCAAUCGACAUCGCGAGGUGACUGGGAGGAUGCCUACAUCACCCUGGUGCGCCCGGAUGAGAUUGAUCCUGAGGGUGAAUGCGCUCAGGCUAUGCAAUCUCCCAUUACGGAGGCUCGUGUGCCCUUCUCAUUGCCGGAACGGGAUCGUCAAGUGGUUGCUCUACAUGAUGUCUGCCUGGAGGCGGGCAAGGUCUACAAAUUUCGUAUAUUCUUUGAACGGAAGCGACAUAAUGAGGAUAAUCCCACAGCUACCAUAUUGAUAGACUCUUUGACUUUAAUACCCCGCAUCGAGGUGACUCCCAUCUUCCAUGGCUCUCCAAUCGCGGAUCUUCGACUGCGUGAAUAUAUCAACAAGAACUGCAAUCAAUCAUUGUACGACAUGCGUUACAAGGGACAAACUCCCGAUGUUUGUCGCGAUCUGGAGCAGGAUGUGAGCAAGUAUAUCUACGAUGGCGCCAGCAUGUGUAACUGCAAUCCCACGGGUUCCCUCAGCAAGGAGUGCGAUGCCAAUGGAGGUUAUUGCCAGUGCAAACCGAAUGUUGUGGGUCGUCAGUGUGAUCAAUGUGCGCCGGGCACCUACGGAUUUGGUCCGGAGGGAUGCAAGGCCUGCGAUUGCAACAGCAUUGGCAGCAAGGACAACAAUUGUGAUCUGCUGACGGGUCAAUGUGCCUGUCAUCCCAACACCUACGGCAGGGAGUGCAAUCAGUGUCAACCCGGCUAUUGGAACUUCCCGCAGUGUCGGGUCUGUGAGUGCAAUGGACACGCUGCUCUCUGCGAUUCCUUGACGGGACAGUGCCUCAAUUGCCAGGACUCCACCACAGGCUUUGGCUGUGACUCCUGUCUGGAUGGCUACUAUGGUAAUCCCCUGCUGGGCAGCGAGAUCGGUUGUCGCGCCUGCCGCUGUCCGGAUACGACAGCCAGUGGCAUGUCCCAUGCCGAGGGCUGUUCCCUGGAUACACGCAACAACAAUAUGCUGUGCCAUUGCCAGGAGGGUUAUGCCGGCUCACGCUGUGAGAUCUGUGCGGAUAACUUCUUUGGUUCACCCGAGGAUGGAGGCAGUUGCAACAAAUGCGAUUGCAGCAACAACAUCGAUGUCUACGAUACGGGAAAUUGUGAUCGACUGACGGGAGCCUGUGUCAAGUGUUUGUACGACACAACGGGUGAUCACUGUGAGCUCUGUCGCGAUGGCUACUUCGGGGAUGCACUGCAGCAGAAUUGCCGUCAAUGUGAUUGCGAUUUCCUGGGCACCAAUAAAACGCUCGCUUAUUGUGAUCGCUUUACCGGACAGUGUCCUUGCCUGCCCAAUGUCCAGGGUAUCCAUUGCCAUCAGUGUGCCGUGAAUCACUGGAAGAUUGCCUCCGGCGAGGGCUGUGAGGCGUGUAAUUGCGAUGCCAUUGGCUCUGUCCAGGAGCAGUGUCACACCUUUACCGGACAGUGCGAAUGCAAGCCAGGAUUCGGUGGACGCGCCUGCAAUCAAUGCCAGGCACACUACUGGGGCAAUCCCAACGAGAAGUGUCAGCCCUGUGAAUGCGAUCAGUUUGGAGCUGCCGACUUUCAAUGUGAUCGGGAGACGGGUCAAUGUAUUUGCCACGAAGGAAUCGGUGGUUACAAGUGCAAUGAGUGUGCACGCGGCUAUUUGGGACAGUUCCCGCAUUGUGCUCCCUGCGGCGAAUGCUUCAACAACUGGGAUUUGAUAUUGAAUGCACUGGACGAGUCCACCCAAGCGACCAUCCAACGGGCCAAGGAAAUCAAACAGGUUGGCGCCACAGGUGCCUAUACCGCCGAGUUCAGUGAACUGGACAAGAAGCUGCAGCAUAUCCGGGAUUUGCUCCAGAAUACCUCGGUUAGCUUGAAGGAUAUUGAUCAAUUGGAUGCGGCUGCCAAUGCACUGAAGCAACAGCUGCAACAACAACAUCAACGUUUGAGUGAAACCGAGUUGAACCUGGAUGACAUUUACAAUUCGCUCAGCUUGUCGGCUGUGGAGCUGGAGGGUCUGCAGAAUCAUUCGCGUAUGGUGCAGCAGCUGUCGAAGGAGCUGAAGGAGAAUGGCAUACAGCUGCAGGAGUCCAACAUUGAGGGAGCACUCAAUCUAACCCGUCAUGCCUACGAGAGAGUGAACGGUCUGUCGGCUAUGAAGGAUGAGGCCAAGGAACUUGCCUCCAAUACGGAUCGCAAUUGCAAGCGCGUCGAGACCUUGUCCAACAAGAUCAAGGAUGAAACGGAUGCCAUAGCGAACAAUGACAAGACCAUUGACGAGUAUCGCUCGGAGUUAAGCAUGUUGGCCUCACAGAUCCCCGAACUGAACAAUCAGGUGUGCGGCAAGCCGGGAGAUCCAUGUGAUGCACUUUGUGGCGGCGCUGGUUGCGGCAUGUGCGGCGGUUCCUUCUCCUGUGAGCAUGGCGCACGUUCCCACUCCGCGGAGGCGCUCAAGCUGGCCAAGGAUACGGAGGAGGCCAUUACCAGCAAGAAGGAUGAAGCGGAUCAGAUCAUCAGAGCUCUAACCCAAGCCAAAUUGAAUGCGUCCGAGGCCUAUCAGAAGGCCAAGGCCGGAUUCGAGCAGUCCGAGCAAUAUCUGAACCAAACCGACGAUAGCAUCAAGUUGGCCACCAAGUUGAUCAAUGCCGUCAACGAUUUCCAGCUGAAUAAGACGGCAUUGCCCGAGGAGAGCAAGCAGCUGGCACAGGACACACUGCUCCUCGAUCUCACACUGGAUCCCAAAGAGAUUGAAACGCUGGGCACAAAGAUUAACGAUGCUGUGUCCUCUCUCAAGAACGUCGAGACGAUUAUCUACAAUACUCGGCCCGACUUGGAGCGCGUUAACAAUCUGAAGAGCCGGGCCAAUGAGACAAAAGCCACUGCUAAUAAUAUUCUCGAGAUGGCCAAUUCGGUGGUACAAAAUUUGGCAUCGGCCAGUGAGUCGCAACGCAAGGCACAGGAUGCCAUACAGCUGGCCAAUGGCAACAUUGAGUUGGCCGAUAAGGAUCUGGAGGAGAUCGAUUCGGAGACCAAGGAGGCUGAAUCGCCGGCUCAAGCCACCGCCCAGCAGGUUGAGGAAUUGGCCAACAAAGUGCAGCGUCUGCAAAAAAGUAUAUUGAAAAACGAACUGGUGGCCAAAGAGAUUACCAAAGAGGCGAAUCGUGUUAAGCUCGAGGCAGUCCGUGCCCGUGACGAGGCCAACAAUCUUCAGUCAUCCACAAGUGCCACAAAUCAAACGCUCACGGAUCGCGCAAGUCGCUCGGAAAACGCCCGAGAGCGUGCCAAACAGUUGUUGCAACGUGCCUCCAAGCUGACCGUAGACACCAACGAGAAAUUGAGUGAGCUCAAUCUGCUGCAAGACACGUAUCUGGAGAAGAAUCAAAAGCUCGGCCAGCUCCAGAAUGACAUACAGCCGCUCAAUGAUGAGCUCAACGUUUAUCUGCGCAACAUUCAGGAAAAUGCCGAUCGCUAUCGACAGUGCACCAUCUAAAAAGAGAGCUGCCAGAAUCCCACUGUGUGGACAUCUCAACCCAUUUGCCAUAUUUGAUGAACAAAUGCGAAUAGAAAAGAUCGAAAGAAAGAAA